AGCAUGACGUCAUUAUCAAAAAACCGAGGAAACUCUGCGAUCAUUGUGCAACACUGGAGCCGAAAAUCUGCCGAGGUUGCUGUUGGCGUUGCACGAUUGCUAUUAUCGUUUAGAUUAAGAGCCUGAAGAAAAGACUGAAUGCAUUCGGAAUAAUAGAAGCAGUGGGGUGAAUCCCCUGUGUUUGCUGAGCAUGAGCAUGGAGGAUUAUGACUACUUAUUCAAAAUUGUGCUGAUAGGAAAUGCAGGAGUGGGCAAAACCUGCCUCGUCCGACGCUUCACUCAGGGGCUGUUUCCUCCUGGACAAGGCGCCACCAUUGGAGUCGAUUUUAUGAUCAAGACUGUGGAAAUAAAAGGAGUGAAGGUGAAGCUCCAGAUCUGGGACACAGCCGGGCAGGAGAGGUUCCGCUCAAUUACCCAGAGUUACUACCGCAGUGCCAACGCCCUCAUUCUCACCUACGACAUCACCUGUGAAGAUUCCUUCCGGUGCCUUCCUGAGUGGCUGAGGGAGAUCGAGCAGUAUGCCAACAACCAAGUGGUGACAAUCUUAGUAGGGAAUAAGAUAGACUUGGCCGAUAAGCGAGAAGUCCUUCGGCAGAGAGCGGAGGAGUUUGCGGAGGCACAGAGCAUGCUGUACCUGGAGACCUCCGCCAAAGAAUCGGACAACGUGGAGAAGCUCUUUCUGGAUCUGGCCUGCGAACUGAUCCGCGAGGCCAAGCAAAACACAUUGGACAACAACGACUCCACCCCCAUGCCUGGAGAAGGGAAAAACAUCAAUUACUUGAGUUGUUGCAGCAUGAACUAAGUAGACUUGGCCUCCAUGUCUGGCUGAGGAGGACGCAACAUGGAUUGCAUACAAAGUGGUUGUAUUGUUGGAGACCACUACGUAGUUGCAGUGGUUCCACUUUGCCACUGUUGUUGACGUCUACUUCUUUUACCCUUCUUAAAUCCCUGGGUAUUUUAAAACUUGUAUUCGGGAAAAACAUGAUAACAAGAUGAUGCUGCUUUUAAAGAGGUGGGUCUGAAGCUUCUAGAUGCUUUUGGACCAGAAAAAGGGCCUCGUUACACAAUAAUGCUUGCUAGUAGGUCAGACAAUGAGAUUUUCUACACUUCUAUACAAUGCAACAGUUGGGAUUUCCCUGCUGACUUGAGAGCCAAUGUAUUUGUCAUAUUAGAGAUUUGUUUUCAGCCCUAAUCUCACCCACUUGAAGGACUAGUUCAUCCAAAAAAAUGAACAUUCUGUCAUCAUUUAUUCACCCUCAUGUCAUCCCAAACCCUUAUUACUUACUUUCUUCUGUGGAACACAAAAGAAGAUGUUUUGAAGAAUGUUCACGCUGCUCCCUUCCCGAAUGAAAGCAUACAGUGACCAAAGCAGUCCAUAUGACUUGUGCGCUAUAUUUCAAGUCUUCUGAAGCCAUAUGAUGCUUACGGUUUGGAAUGAAAUGAGGUUGAGUAAAUGCUGACAGAAUUUUCAUUUUAGGGUGAACUGCUCCUUUAAGACCCAUUGCCACAAAACUGGUGUGUUGACGUGCACAUUUAUUACUCGCACAAAAUGCACUUCUUGAUGAUUGCUUGCGAGAUAGUUUGAGGUUGCUUAUGCAUGCUUUUUUUUAAUGAAGAAGUCAACAAUGCAAACAGACAGCCAGCUACCUUCAAUAAUCUGUGACAGGAAGAUGCGAAGUAAAACACCCUCAUUUAUUAGGCGGAGAAUAUAAAAUUCCCUUACUGCUCAGAUGAAAGUCUGGCUGUUAAUACUCAAUGAAGGCCAUGUCAUUUUGAUAAGUCACAGCAAAAACCCAAUGUGCCUCUGCCAUUUCCAUCCUGUCAACAUACAUUACAUAGCACCCCGGGGAAUCUCAUGUUUGGGUCAUAUUUCUCCCAAAAAUGUCUCAAAUCAUGUCAAUAUAUUGGUCUGGAUAUAUUAUUUUUGAGUUUAUUUGUUUUCAUUACUUUAAAAAUAAUUCUCAUUAGAUUCUCAAUACAGUAAUUGUCCAGACAGCUAUAUAUAUAAUUUUAUUUGUAUUAUUUUUUUCACAGUACGACAUAUUCUACCCUAACAUAUGCAUACUUUAAAGGGUGUUUUUUUCUUUUGCAUUACAGUCACUAGAAUAGGUAGGGAAAAUGUGCAUAAUUUUUAAUGGAAAUUAAGCACACUGUAAAAAUGUUAUUGUUCACAAACAUUUUCUUUGCAAAAUUAUGAUUAAGAUUUCGAAGUGAAAUACACAACCGUUCAAAAUUUUGGGAUCAGUAAGAUUUGUUUAAAAAAAUAAAAGAAAAGGUGCAAUGUGUAAAAUUUGGGAGGAUCUAUUGACAGAAAUGCAAUAUAAUAUACAUAACUAUGUUUUCAGUGGUGCAUAAAGACCUUAUAUAAUGAGCCGUUAGGUUUUUAUUACCUUAGAAUGAGCCAUAUCUAUCUCCAUACACCGCGGGUCCCCCUCCAUGACAAGUCGCCAUUAUGCGCCGGCAUGUUUCUACAGCAGCCCUAAACGGACAAACACUCUCCAGAGCGCGUUUCGUCACUAUGUUGCUGUUCUUCUAAAUCGUUCGUGUUUUUAGAGGCAGCUUGCAUCGUCAUUACGUUGAAUUCGCACUUAGUAGUAGUAGUCGUCUAGUUUAUUAGAAGCAGACCGUUCUUUGUUAGAAGUAAGAAGAAACCUCAUUGCUUCACACAGCUAUUCUGCUGUCUCAAUCGACGGCAUCUUUGUGUUCUUUAGACCAGAUGGCCACCGUAACUUCCUUGAAAGAGAGGGGUGCGCGCCGUUAGUUGCAGUUCGCGACCUCACCGCUAGAUGCCGCUAAAAUUUACACAAUGCACCUUUAAUGCUUUUAUUCAGCAAGGAUGCAUUAAAUUGAUAAAAAGUGACGGUAAAGACAUUUAGAUUUCUAUUUCAAAUAAAUGCACUUUUGAUCUUUUUGUAUUCAUCAAAGACUCCAGAAAAAUAUGUAUCACAAAUGUUAAGCAGCACAACUGUUUUGAGCAGCAAAUCAGCAUAUUAGAAUGAUAUCUGAAGGAUCAUGUGACACUGAAGACUGGAGUAAUUCAGCUUUGCAUCACAGGAAUAAAUUACAUUUUAAAAUAUAUUCAAACAGUAAAACACAGCCCUGAUGAGCACAAGAGACUCAGAAACAUUACAAAAUCUUACCGACCUCAAACAUUUGAAUGGCGUGUUCUUGACAGGUUUUAUGAGAUCUACCGGUCCAGACAUUUUUAGUGGCUUUGCACAUUAUAUGCUAAAACUUAAAUGUUAUAAUGCACUGUCUAAAAUGCUUAUUUCAUUCCAUAUUAAUAGUUUGUUUUUCCUAGGAAUACUCCUGAUUCCCAUUUGGAGAUAUUCUGUCCUCUUACGCAUUAUUACAUAUUACAAGAACUGAAAUAUACCAGGAUGCUUUGUAGUUAAUUUAGUCCAGCUUUAGUAUUGUAAUAACCGUAGCGAUGUUUAAAGCUUUUGGCACCUGAGAGGCCAAGAGAACAGUGUGAGUGUGUAGUUUUUGUGUGAAUGAGAGAUAUCAUGUAUUCCAUAGAUGUUUCAGUGAGUUCUUGCACAAAUGGUCUUUGUGUUUCAGUGCAUUAUAUGGAGGAGAAGGCGAUGGAGUUGUUUAACAGUGUGAUGCAGUGAUUCUGAUUUCUGUUCUGGAACUGUGUUGUGCAUUUUAAUGACUUUUAAACAGUUGGAACUUGUACCUCCAACCUUGGCUGUGCUGUAAGGUUGUUUGCACCUGUGUCAUUACAAUGGAACUGUGAAUCUCCUCUUUUAUAGACUGUCAGUAUUUUACUUGCUGCUACAGAGCUGUUUCCUUUCCUUUUUUUUUUUUAACAAAAUUGAUGGAAUUACAUCUAAGGUUUUAGAUGCCGCGUGCUUGGUAAUAACGAUGAUUCAAUGAUUUUGAUUAAAAUGAUUUUAUUAAACGCUCAGCAAAAUCCAACACUAAACAAUGUUUAACUUGAGGACCAAUUGAUUUACCUUUUUUUAUUUUUUUUUAUUUUGGUUGUUACCAAUUAUUUUUCAGUAUAAUGCAUUUUCCUCAUAUUUACGCAUAGCUGCUUAUAUGAUAUUAAGCUUUUCUAUUAACAUUUUAUUUUAAAGUGAUAACCUUUUCUAGUUUUGUAUAAACUGUUUUCUUUCUAUGUUACAUGACGUGCCAUGCACAGUAUUUUCGCUGUCAGGUAUUUUUGUCUAGUUUUGUUUUACAGAUACUUGCCAUAUUGUAAUGUGUUGCAUUGUGUACCAAUGGAACUCUCUAGAAUAAUUUCUUUUCUAUGUUAAAGGCCAUAAUUUCCAGUAUAAGUUGUAUUACUAAGCGCUUAAUUUUUCUGUAUGGACAAUGUUAUUAUGUCCAUGUCAUUAUGUAAAGACAAUAUUCAUCAAGGAGUAACAGUCUUUUGUCUAGUGAAGAUGAAACGCAAUUCUUUCGCUGUACAUUUAUGUGCUUUCGGUAUAUAAGUUGUGAUGCAUCAUCUGUGAUACAUUUAUCAUAAAGAGACAAACCCCACGACUGCAGCAAUUUAGUAUUGCGAAUAUGUUUUCUUGAGCAAUUCUGUUUGUGUAACUUUGUGUUUUAAUUCUCAGCGUAUAGACUGCAAGUUAAUACAUUUCUCCAAAUAAACAUGGUUAUGACA